AUGAUUGGAUUAUGUAAGAUAUGUAUUUUAUUGACAUUUAUGAGAGGUGUGUUUGGAUUGUUAGUUGAUGGGGAAACUAACGAAGCGGGAACAAAUGAGCCAAUUUACGCAAACAUAAAGAGACCAAACACAACACGAUUUGGUGGGCCUAGACAGGGGAAUGGUAAAGCAGUUCCAAUACCAAUGCCCCCAAUGGUGCCAAAACAUUUAGGGAAAGCGCCUCCACCGCCUAUCAGAACAACAUCCCUAGAGCAAAGACCAAUAGUUAAAAGGCCAACAGGACCGCCGCCACCACCACCUAUUAGAACAACAUCACUGGAGAAUGACGAAAUGGAAGGAGAUAUGCCAAUGGAUCUUCCACCGCCACCACCACCUAUUAGUGACUCAACCACGGGACAUUAUGAUCUGGGAAGAGAAAUGAGAGAAAAGGUUCAGAGAGCGGUACCACCAAAGCCUAUACGUGGAGUUCCAAGGGACUUUGAUGAUUUGAUUGACGGAAUAGUCGAUGUGGAAGAUGACGAUGAUGAUGACGACGACGAACAAAUAAUAAGGUGUAAAGUAGAAGCCAAAAGACCAUAUUCAGUAUCACCAAAAAUAACACUAACCGGCAUUAAAGAAAGAUAUAAUGCGUUACUAAUAGGUUACGACACACAUAUGGACGAAAAAAGAGCAAACAAAGCGAGUUUGUAUGGCUGGAGUACACCGAAAAUACCUUCAAAAGAUGGAGUUUCAAAAUUUGAUUUUGACCUUGACUAUGUCUCAAUUUUACCACAGGGCGGGAUUCCACUCAGCUACUGUGCCUUAAUCUUUGUGCCUCCAGUAGUGCCCAAAUUCGAUACCCAGAGCGUGUUCUCGAGACCAGCAAUGAGUUUGGCAAGAUACAUAGCCUCAGAAGAACACCUUGUGAAAGCCCUUAAGAAAAAGAACAAAAAGGUCACAUCAUGCUGUUUCAUAGCAUAUCCAAUGGUAUCAAAAAGAUAA